UUGAUGAUUUGGAGUGGUGCGAAAGAGUCUUUAAUGGGAGAUAAUGUGGUGGUUCACUGCGAUGGUUCUUGACAUUGCAGCUACAAAUAACAUGAUCUCAACAGACGCGACUUAAUCCUGAAUGAUGUCGAUGAUGUCAGUGCUAUUUGUGGUAUCCAUCCACAAACCACAAACCAGCUCUCCGUCUCCUCCGUCAGAUCUGUCGAGCGGCAUCUCUGAUUUGAGUGCACCAGAACCCCGUGCAACCCCGCGCUUCUAGAAGAGCGCCGUCUCCAAACCAUGGACGACACCACCCGAAUACUGAUCAAUUUGGGGUCCUCUUUUGUUUCAUCUUUGCUAUAUUUACACCAAAGUACAGUACAGCAGCUGAUGCUCGUCCAUAAAAGACGCAAGAGAUGCGCUGCGGUCCUGCCUGAUAGCCUGACAGCAUCUUGCUAUCAGAUAUUCCGCCGAGAUGGACGCCGCGAGACGAUACUGGAAUAACUGGACCUACCCCACUCUCGAUGAAGCUUCGCCAUCAUCACCUCCUCCUUCUUUUUCCGAGUCUCAAAAGCGUUCCCCGCCUAAUGUUACGCUUCCGACAUAUCAGCCGGUUCGCUGGACUGAUCUACAUCCCCAAGAUGACUCUCGUCGCCCGCCUCCCAAUUUCCCUGACGGCUCUGGUCCGACGCCAUAUCUGGGACCUCGGGAUAGAUUGUCUCUUGCGUGGGUGAACAGGUGGACAAUAAUCUGUUUGCUGGUACUCGUGAAGUUGAUGAUUUCCUCAAACUCGAUGGAGAGUAGUCUUGAUUCAGCCAGGUCAGAGACCUUGACAGCCUGUGGGAAGGUCGAGGUCGCAGGCAGCUCUUUGAUUUCAAUGCCGUAUUACGUAUCAAGUGGUGCGAAUGCUCUCGUGGCGUCUGGCGUGGAGACGGCUGUGUCAGCUCUUGUUGACGCGCUGGAUCUAAUCAUUGUUGCUGUGGAGGAGAUCGUGGUCUUUGCUAUCGAGUUGGCUACUUCGACGUAUACCUGUCUUAUCACGAUGGCGGUCACCGGAGUAGUCGACAACGUGCUGAACGCGACAGAGUCGAUAGUCGACUUUGUAAACAGCACAGCCGUGGCGUUCAACUCUGACCUCAGCAAUGUAAUCGACACUUUCAACAGCGCGCUCGCAAACGUCGAAAAGGGAAUCGAGGCCGUUGCCGAUUUGUUUACGGACAACUCGACAGACUUUCCGGUGUUGUCGAUUCCAAAGUUCAACAUCUCGAUCUCGACUUCGAUAAAUUCGAAACUGCAGAGCUUGGAAGAUGAUAUGCCUACGUUCACCGACGUGCAGAAUGCGACUGAAUAUGCCAUCAGAUAUCCGUUUACGAAACUCAGAUCUGUAGUCAACUCUUCAUACUCGGAGUAUUCCUUUGAUCGAUCUAUUCUACCCGUACCGAGCAAAGAAUCUUUAGCGAUAUGCAAAGACGACUCAGCAAUCAACGACUUCUUUGACGAACUCAUCGCGUUAGUGAAGAAGCUUUCCAAAGCGGCCAUGAUUGUUCUCAUCAUAUUCGCCCUCCUCGCCAUAAUAAUCAUGGGAUAUCUUGACCUACUUCAAUGGCGAUCUCUGCGCAAGAGAGUAUUCACGCUGACCAGAGCGCUUCAGCGAACCGACAAGAACCUAGAUCCUAUCGACAGUUUCCAAGUCGCAUCUAGUCAUUUCGCGCACUAUUUCGGCCUGCUCGUCACUCGACCAGUACAGUCACUCAAAACCCAGGCCGCGAUCCGAUGGCUCAUUGCGUACAUCACCUAUCCGCCAGCUCUCGUCGCGCUCAGUCUAGCGGUCGCCAGUAUCGUGGGCGCGAUCAUCCAGUCAUGUAUUCUCGCGCAGGUCGAAGCGAGAUCUCCGACGCUUGUGUCCUCGUUUGGUAAUCUGACGGAUCAAGUGGUGGCGGUCAUCGAAAACAAGGGCGUCGAAUGGGCGAACGGAACAAACGAAGCGUUGGCAUCGUCCGAGACUGACAUCAACGACGAUCUGUUUGGCUGGGUUUUGGACGCAACGAGUAGCGUUAACAACACGCUAAACACGUUUGUCGACGAGAUGACUUCUACUUUAAGUGACGUUUUUGGAGGUACACCGCUGUACGAUCCCAUUCUGGAUGUGCUGAACUGUCUCUUGCUUUUGAAGAUUCAGGGAAUUGAGUCUGGAUUGACGUGGGCGUACGAUCAUGCGCAUAUCAGUCUUCCUCGAUUCAACGAGAGCGUCAUCAUCGAUGCUUUUGCGUCGACAAAUAUGACCAACAGCACGUCAAAAGCCGUAUCCUCAUCACCAUCAUCGUCUUCAAACAAACUGGUGAGCUCAGACGUCUCAGAAUUGGCAGCAGAGACCACCGACACCGUUCUCUCCGCACUCAAGAAAGUAGAAGCCGCUUACCGAUCCGGCAUCAAACUCGAGUACACCUUUGGCUAUUCACUAUUCGCACUCUGGGGAUUAAUCGUACUCGUCGCCGCCGUCCGCGUGGCAAAGAUGAAGUACACCGACUACAAGCAGCAAAGGCAGCAGCGAGAAGACGAACACAGACGGGACAUGCUACUAACGAAUCCAAACAUCGUCCUCGACGCUACGAAUUUCCAACACAUCGUCGUCCACCCUCGACCGACUGAAGUCCGCACACAGCACAAGCAGCGCAGACAGAGUCAUUUUGAUGUGCCGCUGCCGGUGGCGAAGCCUAGUGCAAGCAGCAGAGAACGAGCGCGGCCGCGAAGCGCGAGUAGUAGUGACUGCAGCUCGACAAAGUCGAGGACGAUUUACUGAUUAUGUAGUAUCUGAAUCGAUUUUUUUUGCUCUGAUUUUAUAGUACGUAGUCAGAUCAUAGGUAGAAGAGGGAACUGCAUCGACUCUGAUUAGGAAGAACACGCAAACGGUCUAUAGUGGUAAUAAACGCGGGGACUAAAUAAAUGGGAUUCAAAACAUCAAACCAGAAAAAAAGAACAUGUAAAAGAAACGAAUGCUGUUAAAGGGAAUUAUAAUAGUUACAAAAAAAGGGAGACAGUGGUCAAAACAGGAAGAAAGAGUACAAUUACAGAAGUUGCAAAGAUAGGAAAAAAAAACAGAAACAAAGAAAGAUCAAACUUCACCAAAUGUCGUCAAAAGAUGCACGCUUAUGGACCAUCACACACUGGAAAGCAGCUGCCCCCAAGUUCCUUUAACCAAGC